AUGUGAUGGGACAUCUUUAAAAGUAAUAUCAUUUUGGAAACAUGCACAGUUUUGAAACUGUGCGCGUGCACAGGAACCCCUCUUCAGAAAAUCCUGGCUGCGCCCCUGUAAAAUGGCCUUAACGUUUUGAUCACUUUCCUCCUGCUGUUGUGUUCUUCCACAGCUCCCCGCUGUUGUGUGCGGAUGAAGGUUACAAAGAAGUGUCGUCCCUCUGGAAGAAUCUCACGCUCCCGACUGGGGAUUGGAGCGGCGCCUUGUCAGUAAACUGGCCCACCCUUCCACAGUGUGCAUGAGGGAAUCUGAGCCAGACCGUGACGGAUCUGAUCGAUCCCCCAGUCAUCCAUCCGACGCGGAGCAGUGAUGGACGGAGAGAUGCAGCCCGCGGAUGAAGGGCCGUGCGCCCCGAAGAUGUGCCGACAGCAGCGCGGUCCUUACAGCAGCCUGAAGAGCUUCGUCCACCGACGCUCCGCAGGCAGAUCUCGCUUUGACAGGUCUGCUAUGGUGGAGCUGCCUCUGUUCGGAGACGGUGGCGGACAUCCGUUCACUUUCCAUCCCGGACAGCCUCAUCCGUUCCCCGCGCAGCAGCCGCCGCCGCCGCCGCCACGUCUGCAGCAGCUCCACCAGAGCAGCGCGUCCAUCAGCAGCAGCAGCCAGCAGCAGCAGCACCGGCUCCCGGGUGACAGCAGGCCCAGCAGCGGGGUCCCCACGUCCACCUCGGCGGCUGCAGCAUCACUUGGUGCCCAGCAGCAGCAGCAGCGGCGGCGCAGCAGCGGCGGCGGAGGCGCAACGGAACCCAGAUUGUGUCCCGGACGAUCCACCCCAGACUGCACGUCCGGUAUCAGCUCAGAGAAUCGUCUCAUCUUGGAUGCCUUCGCCCAACAAUGUAGCAGAGUUCUCAACCUCUUAAACAAUGGCCGACUCCUGGAGCCUUCGUCAUCGUCCUCCUACUCCUCCUCCUCCUCGCUGACCUCUAGCAUUAAGCUGGAAGAUAGUCCAGGAGAAAAUCACCAGCUUCAGAGCAGGCAUUGCUCCUCUGUGGGAAAGACCAAACCAGAACAGAGCGCUUCCACCACAGAGCCCAAAGAGGAGGCCCAUCAAAGCCAUCUGAACCAACAACAGACCUCUGCUGUCCUCCGCAUCUUCACAGAUUCCCUACAGAACUACCUCCUCUCAGGGCCCCAACAGCAGCAGCCACAUGUGGGUGAUGGUUUGGAGGAUGAGAAAUGUUCAUCGGUGGAUCCUGGUUCAGGUAUGUCUCCUCAACGGCACAACCUAGGGGGGUGGGGUUCCCCGACACCAUCAGAGUCCUACGGCCACCCGUCAUCCACACUGCCUGAGGAGGAAGAGGAGGAGGAGAGCUGCUGCCCGCGCUGCCUGGAGCUGGAGCAGGAGGUGCUGUCUCUGCAGCAGGAGAAUGAGGAGCUCCGCAAUAAGCUGGAGAAUAUCCCAGUUCCCUGCCAAAAUGUUCUUGAUUAUUUCAAGACAGUUCUUGAGUUUCACAGCCAGCUUGUGCAGCCGCUGUCGGAGGAGCAGCUCACAGAGGAAGAAGACCGGCAAACAGUCUUUGAGGGAAGUAAGCAGCUCCUGGAGAACUAUCCUUUGUUCAUCACUAAUAAGCAGUGGGAUGAAGCUGUUAACUCCUCAAAGAAAGAUGGCAGACGACUGCUGCGCUACCUGAUUCGUUAUGUCUUCACCACAGAUGAGCUGAAAUUUUCCUGUGGUUUAGGCAAACGGAAGCGUUCAGUCCACUCAGGAGACUCUGGUCUAGAGAGAAGACCACUUAACCCUGUGAAAGUUAGCUGCCUCAGAGAGUUCAUCCGGAUGCACUGUGCCUCAAAUCCAGACUGGUGGAUGCCAUCGGAGGAGCAGAUCAACAAAGUCUUCAGCGAUGCUGUAGGACACGCUCGCCAAGGCCGAGCGGUUGGCACCUUCCUAUGCAGCAGUGGCAGUGGCAGCAGCACCAGCAGCCUCUAUAUGGACAACUUUGAUGCACAGCUGUCACAGGAUGACAUGUAUUUAAAAAGCUGCCAGAAUGGCCAAUCAGAUUGAAUUUGAGGGAGAAAUAAAUGUAGCAGUACAACAUACCCCAAAUUACUGACCUUAUCUUGUCACUGUGCACAGUGAAAAAAACAUUCCAGAUGUUUAUCCAGGGGUAGACAUUAACUCUUGUCCAAUGGCGUGAGUAUCUCUUUAGGCAAAUUUGGACAGCCAAGAUUC